UAUAUAAAGCUCUUUGAAUUACUAAAGGUGAUAUACAAACUGGCCUGGCCUUACAGUAGACCAUAAAAGACAAAGUUAAAUCGGCCAAUCUAAAAUUCUGGUUUUGAUUGGUGUGCUAUAUAUGUGUUAUAUUGUGUAAUAAGUGCGAUAUGAGUAACGGGUGUUUGAAGACAAUAAAGUUAAUUUUUUUUUACGUAGGCAUUAUUAUUUAGGCAAAUUUAUUUACCUUAACUGAGAAUUGUCUAUGACUCCAUCGCCGCUCAUACCUCGACCCUGAAGCUUUACGUUCAGCCUACAUGUUGAUCAAAUGUAAUUAACUUUUCACGCGCGCGGAUCUGUAAUGACGCAGCCAAGUGUCAGCGCGCAGGGGGGGAGGGUGUGUGUGUGUGUGUGACACGCGCCUUCAUAUUUCUCUGGCGUGAGAUAAAAACUCUCACAAGAGUAAGAAGUCAAGCGGACACAACCAAAACACAGACAAGUAAAUCCAGAGAAAGAGAGAGAGACAGAGGGAGAUGCGGACCUUCCAGAGCCAGAACCAGCCUGCGCAGCGCGGAGCCUCCAGCUGCCUGCCCAGCCUCAGCGGCAGCAGCAGCAGCAGCGCCGUGAGUCCCCUCAGCACGGCCAGCGUCACCCUCACAGCCCUGCUCAUCCUCACCAUCCCAGUCUGCAAAAGUGCUCCAGCAGAACUUCGGCAAGCUACAACAGAUCAACUACUCAGCCAGAUAGACGCUGUGUGCUCAUCCUACCUCUCUACAGACCUGAAGUUUUGGGCAUCUGAUAUCUUAGGAGAACUCUGUGUCUUGAUGCUGGUUCAGAAGUCAAGGGAGUUAAAAGUGCGAGAAAAUAGUAAAAGGUUUUUAUUUCAUUACUCUAGACAACAAGGUUCUGCCUUGUCAGAAGGAGCGCCCUCUCAGUUGCACCCUCUCCUGCGUCUAGUUUCUCAACUCAGAAGAGAGAGAGGACUCUCAAUGCGCGCUGAUCUCCAGGGACCUGGGGGAAUCCAAAGCAGAGGUUACUUCCUCUAUCGGCCACGAAAUGGAAGACGAUCCUUAGAAUAUGAGUAAAUUAAAGCUUAUGUACAGAGACAACACAGACCCUGAGACCCGAGCCGCUGCACCACGACUCAUCCAGACAUCAACCACAGCCCUCUGCCACUGCUGUCUGAAUGUAUACAAAUAAUACGAUUAAAAUAAGCUACUAUUCAGUUGUCAAGAUUUUAUUUUGUGUUAUAUGUGUGCCAUUUGCAUUAAAACUGCUACAAUGUGG